AUGAGUACUUUAGAAUCUGAGUUAGAUAUUAUAUUAGAUGACAGAGAAAUAGAAGAAAUUGGAAAGACAUUUGUGCAAGGUAGGUGCCUGUCGCCAAAAGACUUGAGUUCUUCUGGGGAUUAUGAAGGUAUUUUUGCGUGUGAAUUGAAAAACACCUCUGAGGAAGUGCCUGCAUCCUUUGAAGAAAUAUUUAAUACUGAAGUUUGCAUUCUGCCUGCAGAGACUAAGAAGGGCUCUCUCAAGUUUGGAACCUCGCAGAAAAAAAGAAGGACAAAGGAGAGGCCUUCACACGCACCCACACAGUCACCAUGUAAAUCCUCAUUUUCUGAUAAAAAAAGAAGAUCUUUGAUUUUUCAGGAGGUGGACACAAACACAUCGAGAGCAGCAAAGAAACUGGUUCGGUUGCAGCGAAGCAAAACAGACCAGAACAACCAGCACUGGAGCAGACGCACACUAAUUAAUAAGUCUGAGACCCACACUGGCGCAAACUCUUCUCCACACGCGAAUUCUGAAAUAAAUGCAUAUACGUAUGCUCUGCCUGCAAUGGGGACAGGGCCAUCAGACAGCAUUCUUAGGGUUUCUACAGAAACUGUAGCCACAAUGAUUCAUACUCCUGGAGUGGUCAUUAUUGACUGCCGAUUUGAGUACGAAUAUUUGGGAGGACACAUAAAAACAGCACUUAACAUAACAACACAAAAGGAGAUGGCAAACUUCUUUAAUGACAUGGUGGAAAGCAAGCAAAACUCCUCUUUAAUCAUUAUCCUGUAUUGUGAGUACUCUUCUGUCCGAGCACCAAGGCUGGCCAUUUCUUUAAGAAACGAGGACAGACUUACAAGCACGUAUCCAUACUUACGGUUCCCUAAUGUAUACGUAAUGAAUGGAGGAUAUCGUGAUUUUUACAGAUCCCAUUCCGAACACUGUGUGCCUUGCAGCUAUAUUCCCAUGUGAGUAUCCAUUUAUUUUGUAUUUCUGAAGACUUUUCGAGUAUUAUCACUUCUUCAGAUGUUUUUAAGCAGGGAUGGCAGUUGUACAUAUGUUCCCUGCCGGGCAUGAAUGGAAACUAAACACAUUAAGUUACAGCACACGAUAAAAGGCCUUUUAUAUUCAUAUUUUUAAUUUCGGGAAAUAUUCUCUGCCUUCUAUUUAUUGGACUAUUGUAAAAUAAAUGUGUAACUACU